AAAUAAUGAAUAAUGCCAGAUACACGAGAUAAAUCGUUUUUUAGUAAAUCUUGAAUUAUAUUUAAUAAUAAGUAUUGUUAUUGUAGAUGAAUUGAGAAUAAAAUGAAGAAAGAAGAAGUUCAAGAAAUAUUUCUGAAGAUCCUACGGGAAGAAGAAGAUGUUUCAGCUGGAGUUGCAGCUAUUAAAACCUUAUUAACUGUUAUAGAAAAUUAUAAAGUGGCAACAGUCAGGGAAUUGGAUCUUAAUCUGCAACUGGCAGUGGAAGCAAUGCGCCAAUGCGACCAACCUGUGACUGCCAUAUCGUCAGGAUGCCAACUUUUCAUGAGAUUUAUUACUUUUGCCAAACUUGAUGUAAAGUCUUUUGAAGAAUGUGAACAAAUAAUGCUGCAACGUGGCCGUAUAUUCUUAGACACACUUUUAGAAGCAAGAGGAAAAGUUGCAAAACAGGCCUUACCUUUUAUUAGUGAUGGUUGUAAAAUUUUAACACAUUCUCGCUCAAGAGUUGUACUUCAAGCCAUGAUAGAAGCUGCAAAAGCCAAUAAACGGUUCCAAGUUUUUGUCACAAUGUCUUGUCCUGAUAAUACUGGCGUUCGAAUGCACAAAGAGUUACUAGCAGCUGGCAUUGAAGCUACACUAAUUUUAGACUCAGCUGUGGGAUACAUCAUGGAGUCGAUGGACAUUGUUAUGCUAGGCGCUGAGGGAGUCACAGAAAGCGGUGGAAUUAUUAAUAAGAUCGGUACAUACUGCCUGGGACUGGUAGCAUUGGAACUCAAGAAACCUGUGUAUGUGCUAGCAGAAAGUUUUAAAUUUUCAAGAAUAUAUCCUCUCAAUCAACGAGAUGUACCGAAUGAGUUCAAGUAUUUAUCAAGCGUGCUCAGUUCUGGAGACUUGUCAAAACAGCAUCCUUUAGUUGACUACACACCGCCGGCAUACAUUACUUUAUUGUUUACUGAUCUGGGGAUACUGACGCCGUCUGCUGUUAGCGACGAGCUUAUUAAGCUUUAUUUGUAAUUUUGUAAUGAUUUUGAAAUAUACUUAUUAUGAUUA